CACUUAACUGAGCAAGUCGACUAGCUUUUAAAAUGAGUGAUAAAUCAAGAGAACAAGAUAAAUGGCAACAGCGCAAGAGUAACGAGGAACAAGGACAAUCCCUGUUAACAAAUGGCCAGACGGCGAGGCGAUCAAGCACAGAAAGUGAAAGUAGUAUCCCUUAUAUGGACAGACUCAAUGAUGCCAGCAGCAGCUCCAGUAUCAGCGUAGCGCCGACCACCACCAGUGGCAAUGCAAGCAAAGAGCAAUUGUUGGAAGACAUUGAUGGGCAGGGGCCCUCAAACGCAGAGAAACGCAAUGUCCAUUUAACCAUCGUUGUACAGGUGGAUGAAAAGGAUAAUCAUUUUGAGGCUAAAUGCACGGAACUUUCGCGGCUUCAAAGUGGCGACGGCUUCGUCGGCGGCGGCGACGAAAGUUGCACAGAGUCUCCUGAAAUUUUAGCUACUGCCGAGCCAAUGAGUAGAAGCUUGCGGCGGAAUUCUAUAUCAUUGCCGAUGGGCAUCGAUGCUGUUGAUCUCGAAGCUUUGCGCCUAAAAUACCAAAUGCAGGAACAAGAAGCUCUCAGCGAAGAGGAAAAGAGCGACAGCCAUGGCGAAAGUAUAAACGAUGAUAGUUGCGGUUCUGUUACCCUAACUGUACCAGAAAGGAGUAGUUCAUCAAUAAACCAGAAGGAUGAAGACGAAAGCGACGAUGAAGAAUAUAGUAGCAGCCGUCGAAAAUAUCGGUAAGUAUUAUUAUGAUUUUAUUUUUAUUUGUAUUAUACAUUCUACAUAUCGUACCUUUGCUGCAGAGUGUCAUAAUACCCCAAAAAUAAUGUU